GGUGGUGAUGAUCAGAAGGAAGGUCAUAACGGUCCAAAGUCGCCGUGGAAGACUCCGGUGUUAAUGUCCCAGCCUCCAAACAAGAGGGGUCCCAAUGCUUUGGCUGUCAAUUUUUUCCAAAAUGAAGAUCGAAUGUGCAAGAUGGCUGGUGGCCAUUUGAAUCAUGCUUGGCACCAGAGCAUUUGGUCUAGAGAUAAUAUACUUUGCCAACAGGGAAUGGGACCAAGGCCACAGUUAGGUCUCCUUUCUUUGCCUCCUGCUCCAGGCUUCAUGGUUGGUCCAACCUUUCCUGGACCUCCUAUAUGCUAUGUUCCUGUUGCACCUCCAGGGCUCCUUCAGGGAGGCCACCCACCAACGUUUUAUGCCGUAGUCAACAGUCCAGGGGCUCCCUAUGCUGAUUUUUAUGUAUCCGUGUUCUCAUUUUCAGUAAAUCAACUAAGUCUUUCAACGUGCUGCAAAAAACUCCAUGGGACAUUUUAUAAUGUGGCAAAGCACUGGUUUGUUUGUGGCAUUUGCUUAUUUUCUAUUUACAGUGUACCUCUUUUUGGCAGUGAUGAAAAUCUGAAGACCGAUCAUUAUCUAAUAUCCUUGAUGGAUGAGCAAGGAUGGGUACCUAUUUCCACCAUUGCUGACUUUAACAGGGUUAAGAAAAUGACUACAGAUAUACCAUUUAUCCUUGAUGCACUACAAAGUUCAAGUACAGUAGAAGUGCAGGGUGACAAGAUCCGGAGACGUGAUGAGUGGUCAAAGUGGAUUCCAGCUUCCAUGGAACAUACAUCAUCAUCAAAAGCUCUAACUUCUAGGUCCCAACUUGUAGAGCCUGCUAAUGAAGACAAUGCAAAGGGUAUCUCUGAAGAAAAUGUUGACUUUUCAUCACAUAAUGCAGGUCUUGUAGAGAACAGAUUGUUGAAUGGAGGUGCUCCAGAACUUAUACACGCUGGUAAAGAAGAUGACAGUACAUCUGUUCUGAUUAAUGCUGACAAACAGGCAGCAGGUGUCAAUGCAAUUCCAAAUCCAGUUGCUGACUUGAGCAUUAAGCUUUCAGAUCUUGACACCGGCUACAAUGCUGCAUACCAUACUCAAGGAUCUAAGCCUGCAGUUUCAAGCUACAGUGUGACUGGCUUGGAAAUUUUGUCAGAUAUCCCUGCACAGAGUCUUGGUGAUCUAUCUAAUGAUUUUUCAAACACAUUUAUGCUUGAUGAAGAGUUGGAGCUUGAGCAGAAAACACAGAAGAAUGAUGGCAUUUCUCCAUUAAGAAGGAUUGAUGAUGAAGAAGAUGAGACUUUGGUCAAUGAUCCAGACGUUCAAAGACUUGUGAUUGUCACUCAGAAUAGCAGAGCAACUGAAGGAUUCAAAACUAGUGGUAAAGAUUCAAGCACGAUUUCCAAAGAGCUUGCUUCUGCAAUUAAUGAUGGCCUCUAUUUCUAUGAGCAGGAACUUAAAACUAAGCGAUCUAAUCGCAGAAAGAAUAGUUCUAGUUUUGAGAACAGAGAUGGAAACUCAAGAGUUACCAGCAGUGCUCCAGGAGUGUCGAAUUCAAAGACUAGUGAACAUUCCACUGCAGGUGGUGGCCAUGAUGAGUCUGGUAGUUCUCAUAACACAAGGAAACAACAUAAAGGUUUUUCCAAGCAGCAGUCAUCACAUAAACAGCGAUUCUUCUCAUGCAACUUCAGGAAUCAUGGCCCUGGCCGUAAUUCUUUUGGGAUCAUAUCAGAAAGUCCACCGAGUAACUCAGUUGGAUUUUUCUUUAGCUCUACACCUCCUGAAAAUCAUGGUCCCAGGUCCUCAAAACUGAGUGUUUCACCACAUGGCACUUUCUCGGGCAGUAGUCCACCAGUGGGUUCCAUUCCAAAGUCAUUUCCACCAUUUCAGCAUCCAAGCCAUCAAUUGUUAGAAGAAAAUGGCUUUAAACAGCAGAAGUACCUAAAGUUUCAUAAGCGUUGUCUAAGUGACAGAAAGAAAAUGGGAGUUGGCUGCAGUGAGGAAAUGAAUACAUUGUAUAGAUUUUGGUCGUAUUUCCUCAGAGAUAUGUUUGUUCCUUCUAUGUAUAAUGAGUUCCGGAAAUUAGCUAUGGAAGAUGCAUCUGCUAAUUAUAAUUAUGGGAUGGAGUGUCUUUUCAGGUUCUAUAGUUAUGGUUUGGAGAGCAAAUUCAGAGAGGACCUAUACAAGGAUUUCGAAGAGCUUACUCUUGAAUUCUACCGUAAAGGCAAUAAUUAUGGACUUGAGAAAUAUUGGGCAUUCCACCAUUAUCGUGGGCUUCAUGACCACAGAGAUCCAAUAAAGAAACAUCCAGAAUUGGAUAGGUUGCUCAGGGAAGAAUAUCGCAGCUUAGAGGACUUCCGCGCCAAACAGAAGAAUGUGAAAGAGGGAAGUCAUUAACCAGCCAUAUGAUCAUUUCCUUGAUGGUGAUGUUCCUCCCAAUUUUGAAAAAUUAACUCUGAUAAGCAGGGAGUGUGACUGAGCCUAUAUUUUGUUGAAUGAGAGGAAAAUUUGGUUUUUUUUUUUUUAUUUUUUUAUUUUUUGUAUAUGUAUGGGGGAAUUGUCAUUUGCAAUCUGUUAGGGCUGCUGACUACUGA